CUCGCAGAUGCAUGGCCAUCAUCUGAGAAGAUUGUUCGAGUGUGUUUUAUUGGCAGCAGUAUUUGUCGUUCUCACCGUCAUCGGCGCGUCGUAGACUGUCCAUAAUGCAACGAUUGCCACUGUUGGAGUAUGUGAUCGCCUCUGGUCACCAGCCAAACGUGGUAACAUCGUAUUCAAGCCUUGGUGGAACCGUCGGCGACAUCGAAACUGCCUCAUUUGUUGAGGCCAUCCAGCGGUCCCAAUCGCGCGUCAGCUACGAGGACUUGACUGGCCUUUGUACCCGGGACAUGCUCCGCUAAAUUGCUUUUGGCAUGCGGUC